UUCCUCUGCUAAACCCCAAAAUGCAACCAAAACUAACCAAAAACUUGGGAUUUUAGUCCUUGUUUCCUUAUCCCUUUACUUCUCUCUCUCUCAAAUGGCUUCCAUUUCUCUACCCAAUCACUCUUUACCCUCUCUGCUUCCUUCUCAGAAACCCACAACCCAAUUUUAUACUUCUCAAAACCUCUCAAUUCUCUCCAAAUCAUCACAGUCUCAAUUUUAUGGCCUUAAGGUUUCUCAUUCUGCUUCUCUUUCAAUCCCAUCCUCUUCUUCUGCCAAGACUACCAUUGUCGCUAAGGUAAACAAAGGGCAGGUGCCACCACCCUUCACAUUGAAAGAUCAGGAUGGGAAGAACGUGAACCUUUCCAAAUUCAAAGGGAAGCCUGUGGUUGUCUAUUUCUACCCUGCUGAUGAGACCCCUGGCUGCACCAAACAGGCCUGUGCUUUCAGGGAUUCUUAUGAGAAGUUUAAGAAAGCAGGAGCUGAGGUUGUUGGAAUCAGUGGUGAUGAUCCAUCAUCGCACAAGGCAUUUGCAAAAAAAUACAGACUUCCAUUUACAUUGUUGAGCGAUGAAGGAAACAAAAUAAGAAAAGAGUGGGGCGUUCCAGCUGAUCUAUUUGGAGCAUUGCCUGGGAGACAGACAUAUGUUCUUGACAAGAAAGGUGUGGUUCAACUCAUCUACAACAACCAGUUCCAACCUGAAAAGCAUAUUGAUGAAACCCUGAAACUACUUCAAAGCCUUUGAACCCUUCAUUCUAUGAUCUGUAUUGCUUUUAUCUUACCUUUUCCCCUUUAAUCUGUUCUUUUGGAGUUAACAUUAUUGUUGUAUUGAUCAAGUCUUUGUAGCUAGUUACUAGCCAGUUGGUUAUAUCCAUUAUUCAUGCAUAUAUAUGUAUAUGCAUUCAUAAGGUAUGAAGUGCGAUUUCUCAUUAAAGGUGAAAACAUCAAUUUAUGGACCGAAAA